CUUGAAGAGGCGGGUGUUGAGAGCAGACCGUUACUGAUAUUUCAACUGUGCUAUUCUUUUCACGCUCUGCGCCACGGCAUCCGAAUUGGUAUAUCUCAUUUUUGCGUACUAAGCGGCACAAGAAAUUUUGAGCGACGACUAAGUGUAAGUGAACAGCCUUAUCGUUAAGUCUUGCUGCAACAUCCAAGCUAUGGCCACAGCGCCUACGACUGCCUCACUUCAUCAUGGUCGUGCAAAGGAAGUGCAAAGAAUGCGAUGACGUUCUUUGUUGCUCGUCCAGUACCAGUUGCCCCUGCUGUACUGUAGUGCCUGGUAGCUACUAUAUCGAAAAACAGCUAUCCUUGGCGCGGCCACAGCUGCACGGAAUUAUAGUAUUGAACACGCAGCGGCAGCAGGAGCACCGCCAAGGACUUCUUCUACAUGUGGGGCAGCCUUUUCGGGACCGCUCCGGCCGAGGAGGAGAAUCGGGAGCUGAAAGAGGCCGAGGCGGUCUUUGCCAACAUGCGCUCGUUGAUCGGGGAACUCUUGUCCGUGCCCGGGUUUUUCCCCAGCCAGGUGGAGGUGGAGGAAGUGAUGGGAGUAUUGGAACGGUGCCUCUCCGUCCCGCAACUCGCCGUUUUGCUGCGGCGGGUGUGGUUCGACCUGCUGGACAUUUCGGAUGAGUGGGACCUGCAGCAGCAACAGGACUGGCUCACGCACUUGCUUUUGCUCGUGGAGGCGUCUAAGGAAAACGUUCUGAACUUUUACGCGGCGUCCAUCCUAUACCUGCGGCUCUUCAGCGAACUCCUGCGGCAAACGAAGGCGUCGAUCGAUGUUGCGGCGGCAACGGCGGAGGUCCAAGCGGGGUUGAACGCUGUGGGUUCAUCUGCGGGUCGUGGAGGUCGGGGGAAUGAUAGUAGUAGUGUAACGCCUACCACUUCCACAUCUCCAAGAGAUAGACGACGAGAGGGCUCUGCUAAUUACGCCGGGUACAGCAACUAUAAUCAGCAAGACCCAGCGGCAUAUGAUUUCAACAGUACUGGCACCAGCCCAAGUUACAAUGUGAGUCCUCCGCAAGAUGAAGAAAACAACGCGACAAGAAGUUUCAACAGUCCGGAGCAGCGGCGGUCUGACGCCUCCUCUGUGAAUGACGAGGACGGCUGGGCGUCUUGGCUGGACAAAUUGGACCAACAGCAGCAAACCGGCGGGAAGGACGCGUAUUUGCCGCCGACAACAAACCAAAAUGUUUUCCGAAAUAGCGACAAUGAGAACUACUAUAAUCAACAAGAAACAUCAGCGGCCGGAAAAACUUCUCGGCCCCUGCCAAACCAGUCCCGCGAACGCCAGAAGGAAACGCUGGACCUGAUCCAGGAGCACUGCAGAGUCGUCCAGGAAUUUGCGGUAUCAAAUGUAAAAAUGUCUGGGUCUGGAAGAAUGCAACUUGUCAUGCUAAAUCUGAAGCAUGCAAAAAUCUGUGUUGCAUGAUCACCAAAAGUCGUCCAGUUUUGACCAAGUCGGGAGGGAGUUUCUCAUGCAGGAUAGGCAUCGGAGAGAUCGCGCAGAAUCUUUCAUGCUAGGUCCUGCAUUCCAGACCUCAUAGGUCAUGAAAAAGCUGCAUGACAAAUCGCGCAUUCUUCCAGACCCAGACAUUUUUGCAAUCCAUAUGCGGACGAGCACCAGAAAAAGCUCCUCGUGCAGCGCGCCGACCUGGAGUUCACCUCCAUCUCCGACGACGCGGCGUCGUCCAUCACAAUCCCCGCGUCUGCGGCGAAGGCCAUGGGCAUCUGGCCAGAGCGGAGGGUGGACGGCCGCACGGCGAGCUACGUGGGUGGGGCGCUGCUGCUCCCGGGGAGUUGGCCGGUGGCGGCCAGUUUGGUCGGCGGGAUGUUGUUGUACGAAUCCGCGCGGAAGAAGAUCCAAACGUUAUCAAAUGUAAAAAUGUCUGGGCUUGGAAGAGUGCAACUUGUGAUGCCUCGUUUGGAUUCCAAAAAAAACUGUAUUGCAUGAGCUUCAAAGGGAAUGCGAUUUUUGCUACGCGGAGAGGGCAUUUGUCAUGCGGUAUAGCCAUCAAGAAGCCCUCAAAAAAUCUGUGAUGCUAGGGCAUGCAUCACGAACGUCAUGGCUCAUGCAAACGCGCAUGACAAGUCUCAGAAUCUUCCGGACCCAGACAUUUUUGCAAUUGAUAAACGUACAAACUGGACCAAAUCGCGCAGAUGCGGCUGUCGGACGAGGCAAGGGCGAAAUUGAGGGACCAGGAGGUCGAAAGCCCGGUCGGGACCAGUGUCGGGAGUGAGCAGCGCGGCGGGUCCAGGUCGAGCUCAAGGCCCAUGAGUCCGGCGAGGUAAUGUCAUGAUUUCGACCACGGUUGGUAGUAGAUAGACUGCCACAACUGUCUACUUGUGACGUGCGUAAGUAGUUCUUUUGAGUCUGAUGCAUGUAGAAAAUUACACCGUGUUAGAAGUAGUUCUUGUAGAGCCACAUUUUUCAUCUUUUUUAUACUCCUUUUACCACAGGAACAAGUACCCGGGCUCAAUCCAAGAGGGCGUGGGCGCGCUGAAGAGCUUCGCCGGCGCGAAAAUGCGGGAGCAGCGGCUGAGCCUCCGUGAGGACCAGGAUGAACCGAAAUCGUCGGGCGUGUACGACAGUGUAGCCGCCGCGUUGAACUCGACCGAGGAAGCGUACCGGAACGUGAAGCGCUCCCUCGUCGGGUCCGACGACCUACCACAGACAUUUGAUCGCGGAAGACCGCCAGAUAGUACAACUAAAAACGAUAAUUUUUUUAGUAACAACAGCGACAGCCUCCUCCCAAACCCCGACGAACUUGUAUCCCAAGACCCGACUGGUGUGAAUGACUAUAGUGGCGAGAACUACACGGGUUGGUUUCCACCCCCCGACAAGGACAACUUGAGUCAAGCCACUUCUCGCGCUCCCGAAGCCGGUCCUUUACUUCGGCUGCCCGACCCGGACACGCACGACCGCAAACUCGCAGACCAUAUGCUGACGCAGAACGAGAAGACGGUGAACAAGCAGGAGCAGAGUGCCACCUCCAGCAGCACUUUCCAGCAUGGGGCGAUGAAGAUCAACAACCUCCCCAAGAACGCGGCGCAGCAGCCGGAUCAGCAGAACUUCACCCUGGACCCCGACGACCUGCUCGGUAGUUGUUCUGGUGCAGCGACCCAAGCGACAGACAGUCGAAAUAAACACAGCAGCCCCGCCGACACGCAAACCACGGGGAUAUCGGAGCAGGCGGAGCGGUUUCUCAACCCGGUUUUGCGACUCGACCGGUCCCGGGCGAGUACCAACGACAUUACCUGGGCGAACUUGGAAGUCGAAUGCGCGUUGAAGGCGGAAGCCCUGCUGAAAACGAAAAUCUACCCCAUCCGCGUCCUGAACUUGUGCGAAACUACUUCUACGGCGGGCGAUAGUACUCUGAACGCGGGAGAACAACAAGAAGACCACUUCGUGGAUUACUAUGGCGCGCCACAGUACCCGGAGGAGCUGAAAAUUUCUGUCUACGACAAAGACGACUACUGGGAAACGUUCCCGCUCUCCACCGUGUUUGUUUUCAGAGGGCGGGAAGCGGUGCUGCGUCCGGAGAUCCCCGCGAACCAGCAGGACCAGUCGCACCGCGGGGGGAUUUUGAAGCUGAAAGUCUUUUCCCCCGGCGUUCUGCUCGACGAGCCGUUGAUCACGAUCACCGGGGUGAUAAGAGGCGACGCGAUCGUUCUCGCAGUGAGCCCAACGAGCGGCGAAAUUACGGUGCAGAAAAUGGACCAGAAACAGUACAUCGACAGUCACCUUUCGCCGAGGAUCGCGUGAUAGGGAUGUAUAGCGAAGGGAGGUCGGAGUUGGUUUGUUGCAAUAAAAGAAUUUUUCAAGAAAGAACAUUCCUAUCAGCGCAUAGUGGGCUCAUACAAAACUUUGACUUUCUUCUUGUCCUAGUAAAAGCGCGCCCUUUGAUAUUAUUUUGCCUCAAGAAGUUACUACCCCUACUACACGCCCCUGGAGUUGUCAUGCAUAUAGCUGCCCAGCCAAGAACAAUUAUUCCCUUCCAACUUCAAUGAAAAACAUAAGUUUUUAACAGCACAAGCGCAUAAUUCUGCAUAUGCUGCUUUCAGCGUGUUUUGCUACAAGUAUUAAGCGACAAAAGUGUUGCUACAAAGCGACCUCUGCAU